AUGUCCGAGUCAUUCGCUGUUCUUCGUCGCCGUCGCUCCGACGAGCUCGCUAAGCUUGCCGAUGAGCAUAUGCAGCAUGAUCUCCAAGCCGACGAUCGCGAUAAGCUGAAGGCGGCUGCCAGGAAAGUCUCCCUGUGGACAACGGUUGGAUCUGCAGUCGGUAUCUCGCUGGGGUUGUAUGCCGCUAUUCGACUGCGCAGCACUCGCAAGGCAUUCUUCGCUGCCGUCCGUGCGCAAGAAAGGCCAACCAAGGUUGUCUUCGCUGAUGGCCGUACUGAAGCUAUUCCGGACCUGACGCCACUGCUCAAGCCCACGACCCUUGGUGACUUUGCGACGUAUUUCUUCGCCUCGGCGGGUGGUCUGUUCUUAGGUGGAGAGCUCGGAUUUCUUGCUGGCUCAGCUAGCGCAGGUAGCAGCAUUACAUCUGAUCCUGAGAGCCGGAAGAGAAUCGAGACCGCUUUCAGGAGAUUCCGCGCCGACGUGCUGCGGAAAGAAGCGGAUGCUCUGGAUAAGGGCGACAAAAUGGAGGACAUGAUGUUCUAA